GUACUCAUGUUCAGAUUUUCAGUACAAGCACUUACAUUCUGGAAAAUUGGUUUCGUUUCACAGCGCUUUGUGGUAGCUUCUCUUUUUGUUCAUUGUGAAAAUUUGUUAAUAGUCGCGAAUUCAUCAUGGAGACGAAGGAGACCGUGUCGACAACUGGCAGCCGUUCUUUCAAGCCUGGCGAUGUUGUCAUGUGCUGUGAACCCUUGGUGUGGGUAUUGGACAGCAACACCUACAAAACACGCUGUGCUCACUGUCUGCAUGCGAGCCAGGAACUACGCACUUGCUCAGGAUGCAAACUCCACCGCUACUGCAGUGUUGAGUGCCAGUCAACAGAUUGGAAACUGGAACAUAAACUGGAAUGCGCUCUGCUGAAGAAUGCGACUGGUGCUAAAUGGGAAACAGCGCCCGGGUCGACGAACAGCACUGCGCAGCAAGUCCUUAAAAUACCUCGUGAACUUGUUGCGAAGCUGGCAAACAAAAUCAAGCUGAACCUGACGAUCGAUGUUCCCGGAUUAGGCCGGAAAUCCGUCAAGGAACUGUGGGAGAUGCUACCCUCUCACCCCAAAUUAGGGCAAGAAAACACCACGCGACAGAUAGCAGCCAUUGAGGAUCCACCACUGGGCAUUACCUUGCCUGAGAUGGUGGAAUAUUACGUCAAUAUCCAGCACAACGCCAUGCCCAUCAUGGAUGCGGCGAAGGGUAAGGGGCAUAUUGGGAUGGCGGUGUAUCCCCCGGCUUCCCCUCGUCUGAUGACGCCGGUCUGCUGGGACAAGAAUGUGGUGCUGAACUUCCGCGGACGACGGUUGGUUAUCCAUGCUGUGGAGGAAAUUCCCAACUACACCGGACUGAAAGACCUGCGGUUCGACUAUAUACGGGAGCCGUAUCAUCAGACACGAGCUGAGCGUCGCGCUGUAUUCGAGAAGUUUUACGGAUAUCCAUGCACAUGCCGGAAAUGCACCCGACAAUAUGAGGCUGAUAUAAAUCCGUUGAAAUGUAUCACCGCUGGCUGCGCGAAUCGCAUUCCAAGCGAUAACCGUGCUCUGCAACCCUGUACCGACUGCGGUGCACUGAACUAUGAGCGGUUAAUGGCGUACGUUCAGUUCAUGGUGCAGCACGAGGUUACAAAGGCGCGCUGUCCUGAAGAAUAUCUCCCGGCGGUGCUUCUCGAACUCUGCAAAGAACUGGACGCGGCCGGCAUUCUCCAUCCGGAUGCGCAUAUCCGCUACAUCUGUGGUUGGGAAUGGCCCAGGAAACUGUACAACGAGAACCGCUUCGAAGACGGCUGGAAGAUGAUGCAGGAAAUGAUUGUGUUCGUGCGGAACAUCUAUCCAAAAUACGAACAUUUUCGCGCUGUUGUGCUGGUGAUUGCCGGAGUAUCGACUGCAACAGCUUUAAAGAAGCGAGUCAUGGAACAGAUUGGCCAACUGUCAGCAGCGGAAACGAAGGACCUGAAAACGUUGUCCGACCAAGCGUUUUCAGUUAUUCUUGAUUACUGCAGCGAAGCCAACGAAAUAUUCACCUUGUUGUUUGGUGAUGGUUCGAGAGAGGCCAUCAAAGGCAUCACUAUCGUCGCGCUAACCAAUGUUAUGGCUCGUGACAUCGAGAAAGCCUUUUCUGAACGCAAAUAACGUGAAAAGUGUGUACGGUGUAUCUGAAGUAGG